GUAACCAAAGCAAAGGACAAACGUCAAAGGAUGGUUGUCGGAACAGCACCGGAAAUGUUUCUCGGAGCAUUAUCAGCAAACGGUCGCCGGUAGUUUUCUUCGCCGGCGAUCGCCCUGAUCGACUCGGAGUCGCGCACUGAAAUCGCCUUAGCGCAUGAUCUCGUUUCGCCGCCUUCUACGUGGGCUCUCCAAGUUCAAUCCAAGAAGACGACGGCUCUCGACCUCUUGCGCAGCCGAUGCAGCGUCCGUCGCUUACCUCCACGCCCAGUCUCGGCGGCAACCCGAUUCGCCGAGCUCGACCCAAGCCCACGCCAAAAUGGUGGCGGCCCUCUUGUCCGAAUGCGAUGACAAGCGUGGGUUGAGCCGGAUACACGCCCAUGUGAUCCGCUCUCGGUUGUUAGAUUCGAAUCCCGUCGCAUUUCACUGGAACAACGUCAUACGAGCCUAUGCGAGACUGGACGGCCCGAGAAAGGCGUUGCUUGUGUACGCGUUCAUGGCGCGAGCGGGCGUCUCGCCGGAUUCUUACACUCUUCCCAUUGUUUUGAAGGCGGUGUGCCAGUCUUUUGAUUUUGAAGCUGGUAGGCAGGUCCAUGGUGUCGCCGUGAAACAUGGGUUGGAGUGUAAUGAGUUCUGCGAGAGCGGUUUCAUCAGUUUGUACUCCAAGGCAGGAGAUUUCGGUGAUGCGCGCAAGGUGUUUGAUGAAAAUGCUGACAGAAAGUUGGGUUCUUGGAACGCCAUGAUAGCAGGUCUUGCCCAAGGUGGGCGCUCCAGGGAAGCCAUCGACCUGUUCAUAGAGAUGCGGAGAAGUGGUUUCGUAUUAGAUGACGUGACUUUGGUCAGUGUAACAUCGGCUUGUGGAAGCAUUGAUGACCUAGAUUUGGCACUUCAAUUGCACAAAUAUGUUUUUCAGGCUAAAAAUAGUGAGAAAGCUGAUAUUUUGAUGUUCAACUCCCUUAUUGACCUAUAUGGUAAAUGUGGUCGAAUGGACUUAGCAUACAAAGUUUUUCUCGAGAUGGAGGAAAGAAAUGUAUCAUCCUGGACUUCUAUGAUCGUGGGUUAUGCAAUGCAUGGGCUGGUAAGUGAUGCUCUCGAAUGCUUCCGUUGCAUGAGAGAGGCUGCUGUGAGGCCUAAUUUUGUGACCUUUGUUGGAGUACUUAGUGCUUGUGUACAUGGAGGGAUGGUGCAAGAGGGAAAAUGUUAUUUUGAUAUGAUGCAGAAAUUUUAUGGAAUAACACCUCGUUUACAGCAUUAUGGUUGCAUGGCCGAUCUGUUUGGUCGAGCUGGAAUGUUUGAUGAGGCUAAAGAAAUGGUGGAAGGGAUGCCAAUGAAGGCGAAUUCGAUUAUUUAUGGAUGUCUGUUGGGUGCUUGUGAGAAGCAUGAGAACGUGGAAAUUGGUGAAUGGGUGGCUAAGCAUUUGCAAGAGUUAGAACCGUGGAAUGACGGGGUUUAUGUGGUAUUGUCCAAUAUCUAUGCCAGCAAAGGUAUGUGGAAAGAAGUGGAGGAAAUGAGAGUGGUGAUGAAGCAGAGAAGACUUGCUAAGCUUCCAGGUUAUAGCUUGGCAACAAAUUCAGAAUGAUAGUUGAUAGACUGAAGUUCUCGGCGUUCAUGGCUUUCGCAAAUAAUUGUUAGUUGAUGGCACCCUGGAAUUCUCAAAGUUUAGUUCUCGCAAUCUUCACAAGUAUCUUAAUCUUCUUUGGAAAGCCAUAGUGAUGAAAUUUUUUGUACGGUUUGGAGAAAAAUCUUUUUUUUUCUCAUUGCAAGAGCAACAAUACAAUAUUGGCUAGCUGAUUUUAGCCUAAUUUAAUAAGGAAACAGAUUCAUAAGCACAUCUUGCUUAGGUACUGUAUCAUAAAAGAAUGAUUGGUUUUUUCAGAUUUUCUCUUCCCGCAAAAAGCAUAAAAUGAGUCGAUCACGUCGGAUAAGAAGCUAUGAAGGGACAGUGCAUUGAUGCUUCUAAGUAUUGGCGUUCACAGUGCUAAUAGUAUGUGAGCUGCUUCAUAGAAGGUGGAGACUGAAAAUCUGAUGAAUUUAGUGGAGGAAAGCCGCAAGGUUUCUUUUUGCAGGUUUCCCAUAGUUUCAGUCUGCUCUAGAGGACAUUUUUUUUUGUCUCUUCUGGAUUAACUGGUUCAAUUAUUUUAUUUGCAGCUUUUUCAGAUUAAUUAAUAGCAACUCACCUUUCGAGUCUGUUCUUUUAUUAUAAGCACCAUUUGAUAUAUUUUCUCACUAUUAUGGCUUUUAAGCUGCAAUUAAUUCCGAUAUUGCCUCUUUCUCGCAAUGGAAAGAGAAAAGGUGAAGAGGGGGACAUUAACUUCACUGACUUGCUGACUAGCUAAGAAUGCUUGAAUGAAGCACUUUUUCCAGAUUCUUGCUUUAUAGGAUCUGAACACAGUGUCUGUUUUCUAGAGCCCCUUCUGUCAAAUGAGUCAUAAUCCUCCUGGCACAUCUGUUGGUCCCGAUUUAUAGUUAAUUCAUACCAGAUGGUAUCGGAAGAGGUACUUACAGCUCCCAGUAAGUUAUCUUCCCUUUCAGACCGUUAAUUCAUAUAUUUGAAGGGAUGACUAAUCAUAACUGACAAAAUUCCUCCGAUCACUUGGUUAACGGCCAGUUACCAAAGCUCCAAUCACGCUAUUACACAUGUAUAUAAGUUGGAAAACACAGCUUUUGUAUCAGAAGUGGCUUCUAGGCUCACACAUUACUAGAAAAAGUUCUUCCCUCUCUGCAGAAGGACUAAAGUGUCUGUUGAAUUGCCAAAUAACAUUGAAGGUCAUGGAGCAUUCAAUUUCAGAUUUGAAUUCUUGUAAGUAGGGACGAAGUUAGUGUUUUACAAGUCAAGUUUCUUUUGUGAGGUGUUUUGUGGUAAUGGAAUAGAACAGUGACACUUGGGAAGGGACUGGAAUUUUAUUGCACAGGUGACUUUUUGCUGGUGGAUACAAAAGGUGUGCAACUUGUUGAGCUGCGCUCUUUCACAGUUGCCCAAUUUAUUGAAAAUAUCCUAUCACGCAGUGAUUGUUGUAUGCAUGCAAGAAAGACACAAACACGGCAGGUAAGAUUUAUGCCCCUAGUGUUGAUAGAGCAGCCUCUAUUCUUUCUGCCAUACCUUGGAGAGCAGAACCGUAGAACUCUGCCAAACCUUUCUCACUCCAUCCUUCAAUUGGAUUUGCAACAAAGGACCAAGUUAUAUCGGUUGCAUUUUUUGCGGCAUCUUUCACUUGUGAUCAAUAGCAAGCAGCUUCUCCAGAGCCCAGUUGGUGACCGCCUCCUCCGAAAUGUCAGCGGAGAUUUUCGUGACAGCAGCAUAUCGGAUGCAGCCGGGCUGACCCGAUACACCUUCAACUCCGUGGCAUGUGUCUAUCGUGGGGAGCCACUUGUGAAGGUUGAAGAAAUCCUGCAGAAGCGGCCAUAUCUGGUCAGGACUAGAGCCUCUCACUCGGGCACUAACCUUUCCAUCCCAUCUUUUCUCUGCUUCACAGGCCAUAAUAACGCAGCUUCAGGCUUCAGCAAUUAGCAUUUAGCAUUGUUGUCAGUGUAUGAGAAAAUCUGUAAGUGUUGGACAGUGCUCUUAGGUUGGCUUCAGUUGGUCAAAUGGAUGUAUAUGAGCGGGUGCUAUAGUGUCCCAUGAACACGUGAGAUAUAACUGAGAGCACUUCUUGUCAGUGUGUGAAGGAGCAUAUUCUGGAAGCGGCAUGGGAAUCAUGUAAUUGCCACAUCGUUAUUUAGUAGCUACCAAAUAUGGGAAUUUGUUACCUUUUGCGAAAACUAUGGACAGAAAACGCUAUUGAUUGCAUUUUUUUCA